UAUAUGGGCUCCGCGCUCCCGAGUGUGUGAGAUUCUCCUGAAAAAGAGUCCCAACCAGGCAAACCUCCUGCUGAAUUAACUUGACAAUAUUAGAUCAAGAUGGCGUUUAUUAAAGAGGAGAGUGACGAUGUGAAGAUCGAAGAAACAUUCAGAGUUAAACAUGAAGAUCCUGAGGAACAAACAGACCUGACUCUGCCGAAAGAGGAGAGCGAAGAAUUGAAUGACACCGAAGAUAAAUAUCUAAAUGAGGAACAUAAUUAUAGCAUUGUGGUAGACAAAUCUUUGAGUUGCACAAAGAUUAAGAAAAUGUCCUCACAUAAAAGAGUUCAACCGAAAGAAACUAGAACUCCUGUCACUUGCAAACACUGCGGAAAGAGUUUCAUUCGAAACGGAAGCCUUAAGAUCCACAUGAGAGUUCACACUGGAGAGUGUCCAUACACCUGUCAACAGUGCGGAAAGAGUUUUACUCAACAAGGAAGCCUAAAAGUCCACAUGCGAAUUCACUCCGGUGAGAGAUCUUUCAUCUGUCAACAGUGCGGAAAGAGUUUCAGUCAGAAAGGUAGCCUUAAAAUACACAUGAGGAUACACACUGGAGAGAGCCCGUUCACUUGCCAAGACUGUGGGAAAAGCUUCUCCCGUAAAGCAUGCCUCGAAAGCCACAUGAGAAUUCACACCGGAGAGAAGCCGUUCACCUGCCCUCAAUGUGGGAAGAGUUUUACACGUAAAGCCUCCCUUGACGGCCACAUGAAAGUUCACACAGGAGAGAGUCCGUUCGUCUGUAAAGUCUGUGACAAGAGCUUCUCGCAAAAAGGAAAUUUUAAAGCUCACAUGAGAAUUCAUACCGGAGAGAGACCGUUCAUCUGUGGGCACUGCGGAAAGAAAUUCAGAGGUAAAGUAAAUCUCAACUACCACGUGAAGAUUCACUCAAGGGAGGACUGUUUCGUAUGUCAUCCGUGCGGAAGAAGUUUCUCAAACAGCGUACGCUUCAAAAGACACUUAGCACUUCAUGCCACAGGCGAGCUUUUCACAUGUGUUCAGUGCGACAAGGAAUUCCUGUCUGACGAACGGCUGAAACGCCAUUUGGAAACUCAUUCUGGAAAGAAAGCGCAGCGGUCUGAAUGUGGAAAACGUUCUGGGAGAAGGAGAAAAUUAAAAAAUUACCGCUCACGAUGAAAGCUAUUCAAUUGUGGUCAAUGAGAAUGAAGUGUAUUUCGAUGCUGCACUCAAAAGAUACACCGGAAAGGUCAAGCAGAUGUAUGGAAAAGCCUGUUUUGUGCAAGGAGAUAACUCCGCAAUUAUGCAUAAAUGUAUGGCUAUGGAUACUGUGGAUAGCAUCAAAUAUUCAACGGCCUUUCAUUUCAUUUAAUGGGAGAAUGCAUAGGCCAGCAUGUGCUAUCAUUCUGUACAAGGAAUCUGUUGAAGCUCAUCUGGUGACAGCUGCAAUCCACUUCCGGAUGCAGAAUAUCAGUCUAUGACACAGGUGUCAAACUCAGUUCCUGGAGGGCCACAGCUUGCACAGUUUAGUUCCAACCCUAAUUAAACACACCCGAUCAAGCUAAUUGAGUCCUUCUGGCUUGUUUGAUACAUACAGAUAGAUAUGUUGAGGCAGGGCUGGAACUAAACUCUGCAGGGCUGCCAGACCCCUCAUCUAUGAUAUAAUUGUUUACUGACUUGUUAAUUGGUCGAAUUGGUCAAAUUGUUUGUAAAGAAUGUAGACCCUAGAGCAGGGGUCACCAAUCUCGCUCCUGGAGGGCCGGUGUCCCUGCAGGAUUUACCUCCAACUUGCUUCAAGACACCUGCCUGGAUGUUUCAAGUAUACCAAGUAAGACCUUGAUUAGCUUUUUCAGGUGUGUUUGAUUAGGGUUGGAACUAAAAUCUGAAGGACACCGGCCCUCCAGGAACAAGUUUGGUGACCCCUGCCCUAGAGUAUACAUCCAUACAGCCAAACACUUGGGUCAUGAUUUACUCAACAGGGCAAAUCAGUAAAUGAUUGUGACCCCCCAAAAAAGCAUUAACUGGAGUGAUAAAAACAAAUCUACUGAUGAAGUGCAUAUGAACAACAACACAUUUCUAUAAUCAACAUUGCAAUACACAGAGCACAGCACGAGUUACCUAACACCGUGUCCUAACAACACACUAUUCAACAGGAUUCCGUCGACAAGCAUUUGUCUCGACCAAACUCGACAUGACAGGAACAUUUAAAUACAGCCACUGCACUCCCAAAUGAAACGGUAAAGGCUUUUAAUCUAACCAAUACAUAUUAAACCUCUUUAACAUCAUUUAUAGGCUACUGAGUGACUGAUGCUGUUGGUUUACGAGUCACAGUUCUGCUAGUUAUUUCAUUUUCAAGAUCUGAGGUCGAACUAUCUGCUGCUGCUUUCAGUAGUAUUGCAAUAAAUGUCAUGUAAAAUGGUGUUCAAACUCACAUUUUUAGCAUUUAACACUGAUUAAAGCCCAUAAUCAGUACCUGAGGUGAUCAUUGUCAUAGUAGUUUAUGAUGUUGUUCAGCCAUGAUGUCGCGGAAAUAGAAAGCAUUUCUUAAAUAGAAAUUUUGCAC